UACUAUUAAGUUUCUUACUAAUCCUCGUCAGUGCGCAGGGAUUUGUGGUUCCAAAGGUUAGAAUAGUUAAUGGAACCACAAGUGCCUAGGGGCAGUUUCCAUACCAGGUUAUGAUAAUCGCGAUUAUUUCCAACGGACAGACGCUUUGUGGAGGUACCUUAAUCUCAAAUCAAUGGGUUCUUACCGCAGGACACUGCAUCAACGGCGCAUAUGGUUUCGAACUGCAUUUGGGUGCCCUGAAAUUCUACGACCACACCGAACCAGGACGAGAAAUUUACUACUCGUUUGAGUACGUACUGCAUGAACGUUACAUCGCGAGCAUAGCUGCUAACGACAUAGGACUAAUCAAGCUUCCAACGAAAGUGAAUUUCACAAGCAGAAUUCAACCAGCCGCACUCCCUUCAUCUCAGGACUUACUUGUUGGAAGAACAGUUGUAGCAAGCGGUUGGGGAUUGCAAUCUAUGUCUGCAGGUCAUCCUGCAAGUGAACUCCAAUAUGCCGAACUGCAAGUGCUCAGCAAUGAAGAAUGCAUAAGAAGCUACAACUCGGUCCUUAUAAGGCCUAGCGUUAUCUGUGCUAAAGGUGCCCACUUGGAAAGUAUUUGCUCAGGUGAUUCAGGAGGACCUCUUGUACUCAAUGGCACGCGUACCCUGGUCGGAAUUACUAGCUUUGGAAAUGCUGUGGGCUGUGAUAGUGGUUACCCAGGUGGAUUUUCAAGGGUUGCAUAUUACUUGGAUUGGAUUAGUGCAAAGACAGGGAUAAAAUUGCAAUAUUCCAGAGAAAACAAUUUCACUUCUUCAUUGUAA